AACUCUCGAUAUUUUUUGUGAAUGCACACACACGCACGCAUGUUGCAAGUACACAAAAAGAAAAGAAGCAAGAAGGGAAACAUAAAAGGAAACACCAACAAAUAACAUCAAUCAAGUUGCAUUCAUUCCUUGCAAAGUGUAUACGAACUAUAAUUAAAUAACAAAGGAUAUAUAAAUAUUUAAGUAGAGUAAAAAACGCAAGAAAGAAAUGAUGAAGAAAGUUGUGAUAAUUUUGCUGAUAAUUACCUUGAGUUUCAAUUACUACUGCCAAGCGGGAAAUGUAGGCAGAGGACGAUCUGGCAUUUCUAAUUCUCGACGCUCUUACUACGGUUCCCAAAAUCCAAAACAGCAACAGCCUACACAAGCUCCUGCCAUCACGCCGAAGGAAUAUUUAGACAAGAAAUCUGGCUUCUCAACGUUUGGCAUAAUUGCCAUUAUAUUUGUGGUCAUAAUAAGUUGCUUAGCCUUCUACUAUGGAAUCAUGUGUUAUCCAUUCCUGUGUCGAGAUGAAAAGAAAUAUCGCUUUAUGGAUGUGUCAUCGACCAUAACAGCUACAACAUCCCGUUCGAUACAAUCAAUAGAAAAUUUCCCUGAAGACCAAAAGCAUGCUCAGCAACACAAUAAUGAGGAGCAUAGAUUUAAAUAAGGCCGCAACUUGGUUAUUUGUGGCCUAUGGUGAGAAAUCCAGAUUGAUAGUUUAAGACGAUAAGAAGUAAUGGGUAUAGGGAUGUAUGUGUAUGAAAGCAAUUUUCUUAUGCAGUAAGAUUUUAUAUUUUUAAAUACAAUUCUUAGAUAGUUUUAGUAGUUUAGGCAAUUUUCCUCCCGAAAUGCUCAAAGUGAACCGAUUGAAUGAUCACAUGGUUAUGUGGUAGCCAUAAUUGUUUUAGAAACUAUCCUGUUGCUUCUACCAAUAUCAAUUUAUGUACUCCUUUUUUCCUUCAUCCACAACAAAUUGAUUCUGCCAGCAUCUGAGUCUGCAAACAACAUCAAACCACACAAGUCUAGACUACGUAUUUAUUUCUUAACAAGCCCUCAUCGCUCACAUCUUUACUUCUCUGAAUUGGUUUCACUGUUUAAACCUUAGAGCCAUUGUUACUUUUGUAUGUUUUCAGUUUGUAGCCGUAGUCAUCGAUGAAGCGUUGUUGGUAAUGUUGUGAUAGUUGUUGCUAUUUUUGGCUUUACGUACGCCAUGUAUGUAUUUCUGUGCGUGUAUGUGUGUUAGUGUGGCUUAUUAAUCCCCAUGUUGACCUCAGUCUAUUUGUCUGCUUAUUUAUUUUGUUGUUGUUUUUAUUGUAUUACUCAGUGAGAAGAACGUUGUUUGUGGAAUGUCAGUGUUUGCUCAUAACCAGUCUUUGAUUUAUUUUAACUCAGGUAUCAAAUCGAAAUUCAGUUAAAUAUUUUCUUUGUUUGUUGCAUUCCAAGUAAAUGUAUACGGGCCCAUAGGAUAAUAUUAUCAUUUGAGGGAAUAUCUGGAAUUUGGAUCAACUUUGUAAAAAUUCACUUUUCUAACCGUAAACUGAUACAGCACAAGAAACAGUUCCACAAUACGAAGUAAUAGCAGGGUUGCAAUGGGCAGUCUAUAUAAAACAUGUGCACCUUGGAUAAAGUAUUAUCGUUGUCAUUUUGUCUGUAGACAACAACCUCUCGAAAUUACUGUGGAUAUCUCGAUUUUUAAAAAUCUCAUAUAUCACAUAAAGCAGACACUAAUUUCUCCUUCUAAGAAAGAAUGCAUUGACAUAUAGGAACAUAUGUAUGCCCGACUAUCUCUGUGAAAUGCAAAAACCAUUUUACAUUUUAUUUAAUUCCAAUUGAAUGUUCUCUUUAAUUUUCCUUUCAAAUACCCCAACUUCUUUUUUUACGUAAAGAAACAACGCCACCCUUUUUAUACCUACUUAAUAAUAUUGUGAUUAGACAUUCUUAACAAAGUCUCGAUACGUUCGAAUACAAUCCAUUUAUUUAUUAUUUGAGUUUUUUUAAGUCUAUCCAUUAGACAGAUAGAUAUAAAGUAGGUUGUUUACAAAAAUAAGAUAAAUACCCAACUCCUUGUAGUUUUUUACUCCUAUAGAAUUUAAUUAUUGCUCAUGUGUAAUAAUUAUACUUUUAAGAAAAUACAAUGGCAUUUAGUCGAAAGAAUUUACAAAACAAAAUUGUAUAAGAUCAAAUUAUAUAAUGCUUUUUGGAAUAUUUACAAAUUUAUUUAUAAGAUUAGCUGUUAAGAAAUUUUUAAAUUGCAUAUUUUGAUAGUUUUUUAUACAUUUUUAUACACACAUAUACAAAUUUUUACAAUAAAAUAAAAAUAAACUUUUGUAGAAAAAUUAAAAAAAAAACAA